GACACAAGAUAUGUUUUAUUGAUUUGCACAGCUUUGUCAUAAAAUCAACGAUUUCAUUUUGUGGGGCCGAAACAUGACCCAUAAAGGAAUCAAACUAAAUUGCUUGUGAAGGUGGUUUGGACAAUCGAUUCGCUUGGAAAAAAGUUUGAGUGGGCGACUGGCGGCAAGUGAUGGAAUAUCUUCAGAUAAGUGAACAAUAUGCAUUCAUUAACGGUGUUGAUAAUUUCGAAGUCUGUGUUGUGACUGCAGUAAACCUAUGGCUAAAGAAACAUGGGAUCCAGAAAUGCUGAGGCCUUACCUAGAGGCAGCCUCAAAAAUUUCGCCUCCAACAAGGGUCAGCUUGGAGAAAUUCAACGAGGACAGUUACAACUUCCCUAUUCCAUUUCCUAUCAACACGGCUCGAAUAUCGACUUUAGUCAAGCAAGGUAAAAGCCAAGGAAAACUCACUGAACACAUCAACUCUACAUAUCCAGUCAUUCAUGAAAACUGUGUUCCUCUCCUUGCUGCUUUUCUGCACUACAAGAAAAACCAUGGAUCUCCUACUGAAAAGUCUCUUUAUGAGGAGAUGGACCUGACUGGUUUUGUUGAUCGUCUCCUGCGCAACAGGCCCGUAACUUUCUUUGGCAAGAAUGAUCAGUACCUGUUGAGGGACAGAACUGCCGGUAAAGGUGGGUUUGAAAAAAUUGGCACGAGCGAAGAAACGCCAACUUUGUGCCUAAAGGAUUAUUUAAGUUAUGAUGAAAUGAAAGUCUCGGCUUUUCUCUCUGUCUCGUCAGAAUCUUCCUUCAUUAAUGACGGUAGUCGUAGAAACAAAGGGGCUCCAGGCAAACCAGGAACUUUCCAGCAAGAUGGGGUUAUUGUUGGAAUGGUUGGGGCUCGACUUAAAAAAGAAGGAUUCAUGGAAUGGCAAGACUGCAUUGUCACUAAAAAGCAGAAUUGCAAAGAAUUAGGGUAUGGUUCUUUGGAUGGACCACCUCGUCUUCAACACGCCUGGUCUCGCCUAUGGGGAGUACCUCUUCCUGAAUGGUCGAGCAUAACCCCAGACAAUGAGAAGUUUUUGCAGGUCAACAACAAUUCUUAUAUCAACAUUGAAGUAUAUAAGAAAAGGAUGCAGUUGGGAGCUGAAACACUUUUGGCUGAGGCUAAGUCCAGGGCGAGAGCAAAGGGGCUUCAGGCUUACAUCCACGUUGUUGGGCUUGGUUUAGGUGUAUGGAGAGCUAGCCAUGAACAAGAUGCCAUGUUUGUAGAUGCCUGGGGAGAAGCUCUCAAAGGUAUGAAUACGACAGGCGUUGCCCAUGUAGAUUUCAGUUGGAUAGGAGCCACAACAUGCUUAGGAGUGGGUGAUGGGGAAACAUUUCCCGAGACUAACGUGACCGUUCACUUCUCCAAGAGGUCACUCCAUGAUCCAGUACCGUCUGGGACUUUGCUAGUGGUUAACUAUGCUUGGGAUGGCAAUUCUUUACCAGGUAAUGAAUACUGGAUUGGCAAACUCAGUAGCACUGGGGAUGGUGCUGCUGCCUGCUCUUCUGGUGUUGCAGAGUUGCAUAAUGUGCAUAUUAAUAGUAAUGUCUGUGGCACAAAUUUGCAUGUUUCUACUGCAUAUGGAAUAAUGCACAUAGGCGAGUAUGCCAAAAAAUAUUUAUCACUGGGAGAGGUAUUCCAGGCAAACAAGAAAUUAAAAGCCUGAUUACUCAUAUUUGUAGUAAGUUGAUAAUUAAGCUAUGAUAUUUUUUUCAAAUUUAGAUGUUAUAAAUGUUUCCAAACUAUUUUGAUAACUGAUGACUGCUCUUAGUUGAUGAGUAUUUGUGCACAAGGGAGCUUUAAUUCAAUAUUUUUGCGAUUAAUGUUUGUGUAUUUUCAGAACUCAGAACUACUGUGAUAAAUACAGAGGCCUUUACUGUAAAAUACAGAGGCCUUUACUGUAAUAUGUCUAACCAAAACUUGAUAAUAAAAUUGCAAUCAGCA